UUCCCAAAUCUUCUUACAUGCGCCAUUUUGCUAUCCUACGCGGGUCAGCUCUCAUUUGAAGACUUCAACCUGAAAAACAAAUGUAAGAUAGCAAGAUAUUCCUCAUCUCUCAAUACCGAAUACCGAUCCAUCUUCAGAGCUUGAUUCUCUCAAAUUUGUCUGUAAAUAUCUCUCUCUCAUGGGGGUUUUCUUCCUUUUCCCUCCCGAGAUUUUGUGAAUCAGAAUCAUUACGUGUAAUUUGUUGCUUGGCUUCUUUGUGUUGACCUAUUUUUUAAACUCUUUCCUGUUCUUCUAUCUGAAAACUUGUUGUAGGGUUUUGGUUUUUCUUCGUUUUGUUGUGUGAAUUCAUUGUAUAUCGACUUUGAUUUGAUUCUCUACCUCUUUUCAAGAGUUGGGUGUUUACUUUUCUCCAGUUUGGAACAUACCCUUUUGAUCUCUCUUCAACUUGAAACAGUCAAGACUGAUUUUCCCUAUUUUGAAGAGCUAAGUUCCUUUUCAAAACAGGUUAGUUGAGCCAUUAGGGAAAGUUCUAGGGCAGAGAAGUUGAUAUUUUGGUGUGAAUCUUGGAGGAAACUGUGUUGUAGAAGAAGAAGAAGAAUUAGAGGAGGAUGAUGACAAUGGAAGGAAUUGAAAAGGGGGUUUUGGAUGAUAUAAUUAGAAGGUUGUUGGAAGGGAGAGGGGGCAAACAAGUCCAGCUUUCAGAGGCUGAAAUUCGCCAUCUCUGUGUCAACGCCAGGCAAAUUUUCCUCUCUCAACCAAAUCUCUUACGCCUUAGUGCUCCUAUUCGCAUCUGUGGUGAUAUACAUGGUCAAUACAAAGAUCUUCUUAGACUAUUUGAAUAUGGUGGGUACCCUCCUUCUGCAAAUUAUCUCUUUCUUGGCGAUUAUGUAGACCGAGGGAAGCAAAGUUUGGAAACAAUAUGUUUACUUUUGGCGUAUAAAAUAAGACACCCAAAUAAAGUAUUUCUCUUGAGGGGGAACCACGAAGAUGCGAAGAUCAACCGAAUCUAUGGUUUCUAUGAUGAAUGUAAAAGGAGGUUUAAUGUUAGGCUUUGGAAAAUAUUUACCGAUUGUUUCAACUGCAUGCCUGUGGCUGCACUUAUUGAUGAUAAGAUCCUUUGUAUGCAUGGAGGACUAUCUCCAGAUUUGAAAAGUUUGGAUCAGAUUACACAACUUCCAAGGCCGAUCGAGAUUCCUGACAAUGGUCUUCUCUGUGAUCUGCUUUGGUCUGAUCCUGAUCCUAGUAUUCAGGGAUGGGCAGACAGUGAUCGAGGCGUUUCUUGUACAUUUGGACCAGAUCGAGUAGCUGACUUCUUAGAUAAGAAUGACCUUGAUCUCAUUUGUCGUGGUCAUCAGGUGGUGGAAGAUGGAUAUGAAUUCUUUGCCAAAAGAAGGUUGGUCACCAUAUUUUCUGCUCCAAACUACGGUGGAGAGUUUGAUAAUGCAGGUGCUCUAUUGAGUGUCGAUGAAUCUCUUGUUUGUUCUUUUGAGAUAUUGAAACCCGAACAAAAAGCAUCAGGCAGCAGUUCGGGAGUAAUACUUAAGAAGCCUCCCAAAAUAGGAAGAUCUUGAUUACUUUGAGGAGUGUUCCUUUUAGAUACUUGGAAGAUGAAAAUCAAGCUCGAGUUGUUUUGGAGACGACGGAGUUUUUCGUGCCCUGUACUUCAUAGUUUUCAAGCUUGUAAUGACCAUGCCGGAUGUCUGUCGAUUGAAGCUGUAAAAAUUCGAGUAUGUCCUUGUCCCGGUAGCCGAACAGGUGGUAGAUUCCAGUGGUCUCCAAUGGCUUGGCUAAUUGGAGUGCAGAAGUUGUGUAAAGAUGGAAGGCAAUGAUUCAGAGUUCUUUUGAAAUGAUUUGAAAGAGAUUGCUUCUUCCAUGGUGAUUAUAAGUGAUUGAGUGAAUUUCUAAUGUUAUAAUACCCUCUUGAAAUCUCUCCUUUUCUUCUUUCAAUUUGAUCAACUUCCACCUGUGACAUUGUUUUUGGUUGAAAGUUUAGGACCAAAACCAUAAUUUUAAAGAAUUGAAAAAUAUUUAUAUGG